UUGAGAGUUUCAGCUGAGUCUUGUGUCGCCGUGUGCGUCAGUGUCAUUACCCGGAGUUUCCCCUUCGAGGCUGUAUGAGCAGCUCUGGGCGUUGAUGGAGCUGUAAUACCGCGCUGUUGCUUUUGAGGCUCGGUGUUAACCAGAAAGCCGAGUCGCUUUACCUGUACCUGUCUUCUACGAGUCUCAGGCAUGGAGAUUAUAACGUGUCGGGUUCAGUAUCUUGAGGACACCGAUCCGUUCGUGUGUACUAACUUCCCCGAGCCUCGGAGACCUCCUCAGUACGACUUUAAUGAGUUGGUGCCGCUAAAUUUGCAAAUCGCCGGCGUCCAGAAACAGCUCCAAGCUCCCCUGAAGUUAGAAGAGUGUGCACUGCAGUUGGCAUCUAAUGGAAACUACCUGGAUCUGGAGUCUUCACUGGCAGAGCAGAAGGAUGAACUGGAGCAGUUCUACAAUGAUUUGGCCGCUGGCAAAAAGCCCAUUUUGAUCCUCCGAACUCAGCUGUCAGUGCGUGUCCACUCCAUCUUGGAGAAAUUGUACAACUCCCAAGGGCCUGAACUGCGGCGUUCACUUUUCUCGUUAAAGCAACUGUUUCAGGAUGAUAAGGACCUGGUACCAGAGUUUGUGAAUUCUGAUGGCUUGACCUGCUUUAUAAAAGUGGGUGUAGAGGCAGACCACAACUACCAGAACUACAUUCUUCGAGCUUUGAGCCAAAUCAUGCUGUUCGUGGAUGGGAUGAAUGGAGUUAUAAACCAUAAUGAGACUGUGCAGUGGCUGUACACCCUUUGUGGCAGCCUGUCUCGGCUGGUAGUGAAGACGGCUCUGAAGCUCCUCAUAGUGUUUGUCGAAUACACCGAGUCAAACGGCCCGAUACUUAUUCAGGCUGUCAACACCGUGGAUAGCAAAAGAGGUGUGAAGGCCUGGUCAUACCUGCUGGAUGUUUUAGAGGAGAGGAAUGGAUCAGAUACAGAGCUCCUGGUCUUCACCAUGUCCCUUAUUAACAAGACUCUAUCAGCUCUGCCGGAUCAGGAUUCCUUCUACGAUGUGACGGACUGCCUAGAGCAACAGGGGAUAGAGCACGUCAUGCAGAAACACCUAAAAAGCAAAAUCAUCGACCCUGACCUCAAACAGCAGUUUACUAUAUACGAGAAUGCUUUAAAGCAUGAGGAUGGAGAGGUAGAUGAUUCAUCUCUUUCUACACGUAAGGAAAGAAGGAAAGCAUCAAACGGCGAGCAGGAGGGCAGGAGGAGCCGGCAGUCCUCGGCACAUAACCUUCAGGAUAUUUCAAUCGCUUCCUCUCUGCCUGCUUCUACGACCUCGGCUUUCAGUCCCAUUACAGGUCCAAGUUAUAGCAACUCUCCCGUACCCUCGAGCACGCCAUCCUCCCCAUUCCGCUCUUCUCCCAUCAGCCCUGAUCCAGUAAGCAACUCCUCCAGUGAAUCUGAGUCCAGCUCGUACAGUCCACACAGCUCAACUCCUGUAGUGCCCUCUGUCGUAGUAAAUGAAUCUCCAGCCAAUGAUGUCAGGGGGCGCAAUUUCAUUGGUCAGUACCUGGCUCAUAUGGGGAUAUCUAGGCGGAGGUUAAAAAAAGCGGGGUCCGUAACACAGGAGCCCUCCACUCCCUUAAAGAGCCUCAGCGUGUCUCCUACUGACUCGCCUCCUCAGGAGAACCAGACAGCACAGAAAGAGCAGAGCAACACCGAGGGAAAAGGACGGUUUAACCUGCAAGAGGCAGACUCUGUUUGUGUGGAGGAUAUUGUGAAUAAGGACCGGCCCGUACUCAGGAAGUAUGCAGACCAGUUUUUACGCCGUCUGGAGGUGAGGGAGUGGCAGAAGAGGAACAAUAAAGAUGUGCCGUCUGUGAUCGAAAGUUCGUCUGCUAACUCUGACAUCUACGCUCACUCUACUGAAGAAGGCCAGCCGACAUCGGAAGGGACGGAUCAGAGGAAAGUUCAGGAGCCCCAGUCUCCAGGGGGAAACUCGAGCAAUAGCCACGUCUCCCAGAGCACCCUGGAGCAGCCGGGAGAACCACAAACAGCCCAUCAUAAUGAACCAGCAGGGGGCAGUGUGCAUCAGCACAACACCCUUUCUAAUGACAGGAAGUUCAUGCUGGACAUGCUUUACUCAAAGUCCUCCACCCCCAGCAGCUCUGGGCCACUGAAGAGCCCCAAUGUGGAGGACAGCAAUCAGGAAGAUCUUGGUAUCUCUAGUCUUGCCGGUCGUCUCUCCAGUCUGCGUUCUCGCCCCUCCCAGCCCGUUGAGGAUACCUCCAGGCGGGCAGAGCUGGAGGAGCUUGAGGGUAGUGCCCAUGCUGCUCGCACCAGGCUGGCGGAGGAGCAGACGAAACGGUUGCGGCCACAGUACAGCAUCGAUGCAGAGACCCACUCUCGGACUCUUGAGAAGACGAUGAUGACUCCGCUGGCCAGGAACAGCAAGGAUGCAUGGGAACAUUUGCAACCCAGCUCCAAAGAACUGCGCAUUAAAGACCUUGACUUUUCUGACCUUUUGGAAGAGGAGGAUAUUGAUGUCUUGGACAUAGAUACUUUCGACACAAGUAUGAGCAACGGCAUUCCUCCUGCACCUCCUCCACCUCCAGGAUUAGGAUCUCUCCCUCCACCACCUCCUCCGCCUCCUCCUCCUGGGAUGGGAGGACCACCUCCACCUCCACCUCCACCACCUCCAGGUCGUGCAAUGCUGAGUGGACCUCCUCCUCCACCACUUCCUCCAGGAAUGUCUUGUCUUUCUCCAACUCAGGUUGUAGACCCGGAGUUUGUCAAGAAACGGAAAACGGUCAAGCUGUUCUGGAAGGAACUCAAGCAGUCAGAGAGCCCCAGGAAGUGCAAGUUUGGUCGGGGAACCGUCUGGGCAUCUCUGGAUAAGGUCACGAUAGAUACCAACAAGCUGGAACAUUUGUUUGAGUCAAAGGCAAAGGAACUUCCUGUGGCAAAGAAGGGCCCUGAAGUAAAGAAGCCUGAAAUUCUUGUUCUCGAUCCAAAGAGAAGUAACGCGAUCAACAUCGGCAUGACCGUUUUACCUGCUGUGCAUGUCAUUAAAUCUGCGAUACUCAGCUUCGAUGAAUUUGCCAUCAACAAAGAGGGUAUUGAGAAAAUCCUGACCAUGUUACCUACAGAGGAGGAGAAACAGAAGAUCCAGGAGGCUCAGCUGGCCAAUCCUGACGUGCCUCUGGGUACAGCAGAGCAGUUUCUGCUCACUCUGUCCUCCAUCAGUGGCCUCGCAGCACGUCUGCAGCUCUGGGCUUUUAAGCUCAACUACGAGAGCUUGGAGAAGGAGAUAGCUGAGCCCCUUUUCGACUUGAAGCACGGUAUGGAGCAACUUGCCAAGAACCAGACCUUCAAGCGUAUCCUAGCAACACUGUUGGCUAUUGGCAAUUUUCUCAACGGCUCCAGCGCCAAGGGAUUUGAGCUGAAUUAUCUAGAGAAAGUGACUGAGGUGAAGGAUACUGUACACCGACAGUCUCUGCUGCAUCACUGCUGUAACUUUGUGGUUGAUAAAUUCCCUGACACAUCAGAUGUCUAUUCGGAAAUCUCUGCCAUCACCCGAUCUGCUAAAGUGGACUUCGAGCAGCUGUCGGACAAUUUGGUUCAGCUGGAGAGGAAGUGUAAGACGUCCUGGGACAACCUGAAGAUAAUGGCCAAGCACGAGACCAAACCCCAGCUAAAGAGCAAAAUAACAGAGUUCCUUAAAGACUGCACAGAGAGGAUCGUCAUUCUUAAAGUGGUCCACAGACGCAUCAUCAACAGGUUCCACUCAUUCCUCUUGUACCUGGGUCAGCCUUCCUACUCAGUCCGGGACAUUAAGAUAACUCACUUCUGUAAGAUCAUUAGCGAGUUCGCUCUGGAGUACCGCACCACGAGAGAGAGGGUUCUCACGCAUAAACGCAAGCGUGCAGCCCACCGUGAGCGCACCAAGACACGCGGCAAGCUCAUCACAGAGACGGAGAAAUUCUCUGGAGCCGUCCCAUCCACUGCCCAGGAGAGUCCUUCCCCAGUCUCCAUGGCAACGGAAGCCGAGCCAGCCCAAGAGGAGCACGAGAACAUGAAGAACCUUCUAAUCGCCAAUCACGACCAUAGCAAACUGCGCAGAUCUCGUGCUGUACGAAGUUUUGGGGGUGUUGCUCCAUCACCAUCUACAGGCAAAGAAGAUGGCGCAAGUUCACAGGACGAUGCAACAGAUGAGAUCAUGGAUCGUCUGGUUAAGUCUGUUACACAGAAUCCUACCGAGAGGCAGUCUAGUCCUAAAACAAGGAAACGAUCACGGCUGAACAGGAAAUCACUGCGGAGGACGUUGAAGAGCGGUCUGAGUCUGGAGGUGGUGCAGGCGCUGAGUCUCAGAUGAGAGAACCUGAAAUAUUAAAGGACUGAACAAGAAUUGGCUGUCGAGAGCUAGAAGACCUGAGAAGCGGAGUGUGUGAGGACUGUUUUUCCCCCCUCAGACGCCCGCUGCGGAUGCACUUCAUCUUCCUGUAAUGGAAUAACCAAGAAACUCUUCGCAGGAAAGCACAAAACUAAUUACGCUGUCCACUUGACCUGAUGUUUCUUUUUCUUUUUGGUACAUAAAGUAUUAUACUACAAGACAUGUUUAUUAAUAUAAUUUAUAUACAACCCAACAAUGAUGCACAUAUUAGCAGAAUAUUUUUUUUUUUGUACAGGUUCAAGAUUUUUGUUUUAUAGUAUAUGUAGCACAUUAAAGGAAAAGGACACUUGGGUGGUCAAGGUCUGACUGUAUAGACGUUAGAUUUGAGGUAGGGUUUUGUUUUGUUUUUCUUAAAUGAAAGUUGCUGUUUUACACUGAAGUAAGUUCUCAAUUAUAAAAGUUCCAUUAUAAAAGUAAUUAUUUACUAUUUACAGUGGUAAAUUCUAAAUAGCUAAACUUUAUAAUCUAUGAUAGAUGUAGGUCAAGAGUUUUGUUUUCCUUUUUCUUUAUCACAACACUUAGUUUUGUGGACGCUUUUAGAAGUCCACAUUGCACACGUUUGUCACUAGUGCACCAAAACAGUUCAAAUGAUGGUCAAUUGGUCGGUCAGUCGUGCUUUUUCCCCCUCCUUAAAGUUCAACUGUGACACCUGUUCAGUUCUCUGGUUCUUUUCAGUCCAGCAAAAUGCUGUCUUUUAUGGUCACUGCUACUUUUGCACAGGAGGUCGUAUGAGGAGUAUUCCUACGCUAGCUCGUUGUCCCUCACGGUCACUCUGUCGUUAUACUGUGUGACAUUUUAUAAUUUUGUGACGCUAAAUUUUGAAAUGCAUGUGUUUUUGCUUCAUCCUGAAUGUAUUACUGUAGGUGUGCGCCACUGGUAAGAGACCCAGGCCUUACUCUUAACCACUUUAAGCACAUGCAUGCAAAUUUCUUACUGCAGAUGUAUUAUUUUUUUUGGUUUUUAAUCCUUUGGUGUGUGUGUGUGUGUGUGUGUGUGUGUGUGUGUGUGUGUGUGUGAACCUGAACAUGAUUCUGAAUGCAG